AUGUCUUUGCAGUUCUCUGAAAUUUCUUCAGUGGAUGAACUAUCCUUUGGAAUCUCUGCGCCGCUUGGCGUGCUGCUAGAUGAACUUGUAGAGUUGAAAAUGCAUUCCAGCAGAAUAAAAAGGAUUUGGAAUGGAAAUCAAGAUUUUGCAAAGCUGAAGUUCAUUGAUUUGAGCUAUUCUGAAGAUCUAAUUCAAACCCCAAUAGUUUCUGGGGCUCCAUCUCUUGAAAGAUUGCUUCUUAUAAGUUGUGUAAACCUUGUUGAGGUUCACCCAUCAGUUGGACAACACAAGAGACUUGUUCUAUUGUUGCUGAAAGAUUGCAAAAAUCUUCAAAUCAUGCCAAGAAAAUUGGAAAUGGAUUCUUUGGAGGAAUUGAUUCUCUCUGGCUGCUCAAAAAUUGAAAAACUCCCAGAAUUUGGAGACAACAUGAAAUCUUUAUCACUGCUUAAUGUGGAGAACUGCAUAAAUCUCCUUUCCCUGCCAAAUUCCAUUUGCAAUUUGAGAUCUCUCAGAAAACUCUACGUUUCUGGCUGCUCAAGAAUCUCAACACUGCCAGAUGGUAUGAAUGAAAAUGAGUCAUUGGAGGAGCUUUAUGUGAGUGGUACUGACAUAAGAGAAAUUCCUUCAUGUUUAGAAAAACUUAGAGAGCUCUCCUUUGGUGGAAGGAAAGAAACAACACCCAAAUCACAAAACUUUCUGCCUCCUCUUUCCAGUUUAUUGGCCUUGGAGUCCUUGGAUUUAAGUUAUGGAGGUCUUACUGAUGAAUCAAUUCCUACUGAUCUUGGUCCUUUAUCAUUGUUGAAGCGUUUAGAUCUAAGUGGUAACAAUUUUGUUAACCCACCUGCCCAAUGCAUUAUUAGUCUUUCUAUGUUCCAUACUUUGUCCUUCAAUGAUUGCCCAAGACUUGAAUCCUUGCCAUUGCUUCCACCAAAUUUACAAUCUUUGUACACAACUAAUUGUCCUAAAUUGAAACCCUUUCACUUGGUUGAAGAUACUCUAUGGAAGAUCUUUGAGUUACAUUCACAUGAGGAUCCGAUUGAAGGGCCAGAGCUUUGGUUCAUAACACCAGGGAAUGAAAUUCCAUCUUGGUUCAACAAUCAAAACUUUCUUGAAAUUGAUUCAUCAGAUCAAACGUAUGAGAAGUUGUGUUGUGAUUCAGUUACUUCAAUAACAGUGGAUGUAUCCGAGGACUUCCAGUUAAGUGAAUGGUGGGGAAUUGCAGUAUGCCUAGUAUUAGAACCUUUGAACAUGGAUGUGCCAUCUUCAUCUAAUGCAAGGUCAACUUCUACUGUCAAUGAGGAAAUUGGCAUUUAUUACUGGGUAUGUAAAGCUCCUGAUAAAGAUCCUGACCCAAAUUUUCCUAUAGCACCCAAGUUUGGGCACAAGCUGUAUAAAUUCAAGGACCCUUACAUCAUAUUAUAUUCUUGAAUGCUGAUCAUGUGUAUAUUCAGCAUUAUCUAAGUGGGGAGCAAACACAGCUUGAAGUGAUACUUUUUGUUGAAAACUUUUCUGAAUCAUGCAAGGCAAGAAUAAAGAAGUGUGGGUGCCGUGUGAUAUGUAAGGAAAAAAUUGAAGAAUGGAGGAAGCUCUCAGAUGGUCUUAAUAUAUCAAGAAUAACAGAAACGAAUCAAGAUGAGGAACGUCAUGAAUUGCAGGUGGAAGAACCUACUUCUCCAAACACAUUCUCUCCCGUGGAGAAAACAGAAGGACAAACUACCCUUGGUAAAUGAUCUCACUGUAUCACGUUUAUAAUAUACAAGUAAUAAUUUGGUUUGUAUAUUACUGAUAGUGAUGGAACAUCUUACAUGUUUCACUU